AUGGCUGGAUGGCAGGAAUCCUGCAUCGGUUCGACACCAUAUGCCGACAUUUCUGGGAGGGAUGGGAGAAAAGGCGACAGCCACCUGCACCUCCUAGGCCUGAAACACAGCCUCCAGGCAGAAGUCCGGUUCGGCGUCCCCUUCCUAGGCGGUGAAUCAAGAGGGCCCGAGCGCCAACCCGUGGUUCACGCACCAGAGCGGUACAGCUUUGCCCGGAUACCCGCGCUCCCUUGCAUCAGAGCCUACCACGAAAGUUUGAAGCUCCCACGACGUCUGCUUAAACGGCAAGCACAGCCCUAG